AUGUCAAAUCUCUCGGAUAAGUCGCGGCUUAAAGCCACUGUCUUCGUCGGCGGUCUCGAUCAGGCGGUAACACAGCAGACUCUCUACCACGCCUUCCUACCGUUUGGCGACAUUGUCGAAGUCAACCUACCGAAACCGGACUUGCCCGGCGCAAAAGAGGAGCACAGAGGAUUUGGAUAUGUCGAGUUUGAGACUGCCACCGAUGCAAACGAUGCCAUCGACAACAUGGACCGAAGCGAACUCUACGGCCAGGUCAUCAAAGUAGCAAAUGCGAAGCCCCAGAAGGAUGCAAAUGAAGGUCUCGGCAGCAAGACAGCAGUGUGGGAGCAGGAGGGCUGGCUGGCGAAGCAUGCUGUCACCGAAGAAGAUCGACAGGCGACUGAGCAGGUGCAAGAAGAAUCGAAUGGACCCAUGGACCCCAUGCAGGGGCUGGAGGGUCUUGAUGAAGCUGGUCCAAAGCCUGCGUAA